AUAUAACCCAAGCACUGUUACAGAACCAGAUACUUUUCUCAUUACUUCUGAAAAGAACACAUUACAUCCUGAUGGACUUAACAGUGACUUUUAGUCUCGCCCUAAUGUUGCUUCAGAUUGUGGCUAUCAGAAGUGAAUUAUUUCUAUUUAACGAUGAGAGCCCUGAACAUGAUACAGCACAUGAUGGAGGGUUGAGGAGGAGAAAAAGAGAGUGGGUGAUUCCUCCAGUCCGUAUUGCGGAGGAAGGAAAGGGGCCUUUUCCCAAGCAGGUGGUCCAGAUCAAAUCCAGUUAUGCCAAAGAAACGACGAUGGUGUAUGAAAUCACUGGUGAGGGUGCAAACCUGCCUCCAGCAGGGCUUUUCACCAUAGACAAAGUCAGUGGUUUGCUCUAUGUGUCAAGGCCUGUAGACAGAGAGGCGAAACCUCGUUAUGUGCUUCAGGCUAAAGCUGUUUCACCGUCUGACCCCAGUAUAAAUGAACCUGCCAUGGAGGUGAUCGUGGAGGUGACGGAUGAGAAUGAUAAUAACCCCAUCUUCACCCAAAAUCCUUUCCUUGGCAGCGUACCAGAAGUUUCAAAAAUAGGAUACGAGUUCAUGACAGUCACUGCCACCGAUGCGGAUGAUCCCGACACUAGAAAUGCAGAUAUCAGAUACACCAUUAUCAAACAGGAUCCACCACUUCCAGAAAAAAACAUGUUCGAUAUCAACCCUGUUAGCGGAGCCAUCCGAGUCAAUGCUAAUGGGCUGGACAAAGAAAACUAUCCAAAAUACAUAUUGGAGAUUCUGGCAGCAGAUCUGGAGGGUGCCGGCCGCCGAAAUACAGGAACAGCUGUUAUUACUGUAUCAGACAGCAACGACAACGCACCCCAGUUUGAAAAGUCUUCGUACAAUGUGUCUGUACCAGAGAACCAAGUGAAUGUUGAGGUGGUGAGAAUGCUCAUCACAGAUGGAGAUGAGGAACUCUCACCUGCCUGGGCAGCAACGUUCAAGAUUGUUGCUGGUAACAGUGCUGGAUUUUUUAACGUUAGCACUGGUCCUAGCAAACAGGAGGGCAUCAUUACUACUGUUAAGCCGCUGGAUUAUGAGAAGAACAGAAAGUUCGUUCUGGAGGUUGCUGUGGAGAACGAAGUUCCUUUUGCUUUACCCAUGACCACCUCUACUGCCACUGUCACCGUCAACGUUCUGGAUGUGAACGAGGCUCCUGUGUUCAACCCAGUGGAGAAGGAGAUUUCCAGAGCUGAAGAUCUGGCGGUUGAUAGUGAGCUGACCGUGUACACCGCCACCGAUCCUGACAUAGAAAAGUCUCAGAAACUGACGUAUCGUGUGAACAGUGAUCCAGCCGGCUGGCUGAACGUUAACAAAUCAACUGGAGUGAUCAGGGUCAAGAGUCUAAUGGACCGAGAGUCUAGUUUAGUAAAAGAUGGCAAAUACAGAGCAACAAUCUUGGCUGUUGAUGAUGAUGACCAUCCAGCGACCGGUACAGGAACUCUUGUAAUUCAGUUGUUGGAUGUAAAUGAUAAUCCUCCCACCAUCGAACAAAGAGAAAUUAAAGUUUGCAAUAAGCAGUCAGCCCCGAUGACGCUGUCUGUGACUGAUAAGGACGGGCCUGAAUUUGGUGCUCCAUAUAGAGUGGAUCUGCAGGGAGAUAGUAGGAACAACUGGACUGCCAGGAUGAACGAUACAAGUGAGAUUUGA